AUGAGUCAGUGUUAUGGUUCGUUUGAGUAUAUAAAGGAAGCUCUGGAGCCUCUCACCUCAGAGCAGCUGAUUGCUGAUGAGGACCCAGUUUUGGGAGAGAUACUUAGCACAAAGGUUUUGGCGAACAUCGAUACGCUACGCAAUUCGGUCGUACAGGGAGAAUUGGGGACGCAGCGAGGUCCUAAUGGAAACGAAGAGCAGCUAGGCCGCUUUAGAAAGCAUUUUAGCGAGCUAGAGUGCACUGCUUUAAUGGUUCAGAGCGUCUCAACCAAUAAGUUGAAGGAACAGUAUGAACAUCAUGUGCGCGAUUUGAGAUCCAAGCGCUUAAGCGUUGACUUUGAUGCAAACACGAGUCCAGAGUCGCUGGAAGACUCGGUUGAAAACCUUUCGGCCGCUGGAGGUAUAGAAGAUCAGGACGAAAGUCUCGGGGAAUUGAGACUAAGGUUGUUGGGCAAGAAAAACGAGAGGUCAUCGACGUCUUUAGGCACAUCGGAACAUACUAUGGAAAACCAGAUGCAAGUACAUGAUAACAUACAGACAGAACUAAUUGACGAUAUGUCACAACUGAUAUCUGGGUUGAAAGUUGGCGCAGAAGCUUUCCAGGCUGCUCUGGAAGAGGACUCUACCGUGCUGAAGGCCACUGAGCUGGGUCUCCAGGCGACUUCGCGAAGUUUGACGAACUUGGGUGGAAAGUUGAAAAAAUACCACAACUCAAAAGUUGGUCUGCUGUUUUAUCUUGGGUGCAUCUUAUUCAUCUUUCUAAGUCUCGCCACCACCUACUUGAUCAUUAAGAUCUUUCCCAAGAUGUAA